AUGGCUGGGAAGUUCCAGUUUAAGAAUAUUGUUGGUGAAAUUGGUGAUUUUGUCUUGAUAUCGAAUGCAGAUUCGGCAGAACCAGACACUGAAGGCGGUUGCGAUGCGGCACGUAUUAUUGCGCUUUACGAAGACACCACCAACAGCAGCGAUCCGUUCAGGGCCCGCGUGCAGUGGUACUCGAGGCCUGGUGACUUGCCUACCUCUUGUUUUAACAAAACUGAGCCCAUACAGUUUUUGGAAAAAGAGGUUCUAGAAGAUCAUCGACCCUUCGACACAGAUGUCUCUAUAGAGACUUUCUUCAAAAAAUGCAACAUCACACUCACAUUCACAAAGGACACCAAAUUGCACCUGACAGGCCAUUACACCUAUAUUUGUAGAUAUAGGUUAAAGGCUAUCAGUAAAAGAAAAGUACAAAUUGAACCCGUUUUGGAACAGGAAAGACAGGCCUUAGAGUUACUCAGUACACCAGCUAAAAACACCCCGAGAACACCCAAAACACCAAGCAGUUUAGUCAAAAGAAUGAGCAGAGUUUCCAUAUCAGAAAAAAACUGGAGCAUCAGCAAGAAUGAUGGCACAAAAUUGCUGCUCAAAAGAGCCAUAUUAGCUGAUAAGAUUGAGAGAGAUUCACCUAAAAAAAACACACCUAAGUUGACACCAAAGAAAGCUGAGACUCCGCAAAGUUCCAGGCAACUAUCAAAAACUAAUAUUGAAGAAAUUUUAUCAAUGGAAUUGAAGGAAAACUCUGAUGAUGAACUACCUACUUUAAUCAUCAGACAACAUGUGUCAACCACGCCAAAGAGAAAAGUUUCAACACCUAGAACAUAUGAUGAAACACCAAAAAAGACACUCUUAUUUGAUGAUGAGGGAGAAACCCCAACUACUCGAUCUGGUAGAAUUAAGAAACCUGUUUGCUAUGCAGAGCCAGAAUUAUCUCCAGUUAAAAGAACUCUUAGAGUCACUAAACCUAUUACAAGUUAUGACAAACCACAUCCCUCACCUGUAAAAAGAACUCCAAGAAAAUCUGUUCGUAAAUUCACUGAAGAAAGCGAUGAUGACUUUAAGCCAAUUCCAAAGACACCUAAAACUCCAAAAACUCCCAGGACAUCAGUGGCUACACCUGGAAGAACUCCAAAGAGAAACAUCACAAGAAGAAUUGUUACUAGUGAACUGACACCUACACUUCAUUCUAGAGCUCAUUCUUUGGAUAAUCUUGAUGAAUUCUUGAAAGAAAACAAAUCACUUCCUGGUAGAGAGCACCAAUUGGAAGAAAUAUUAUCGUUUGUAAAAACAAAAUUAUUGGAAGGUACUAGUGGUUGCAUGUACAUAUCAGGCGUGCCAGGUACAGGCAAAACAGCCACAGUGUGUACUGCGCUCAAGUUCUUGAAGGAAGAAGUGGACUUGCCCGACUUCCAGCUGGUGGAAGUGAAUGGCAUGAGGAUCGCGGAACCGCGGCAGGCCUAUGUGCAGAUAUAUAAACAGCUCACAGGUAAAACAGUUGUAUGGGAACAAGCAUGUUCCCUAUUGGAGAAACGAUUUACAAAUCCUGGGCCUCGCAGGAUGCCAACAGUACUUCUUGUUGAUGAGUUGGACGCUCUGUGCACGCGUCGGCAAGACGUCCUAUACAGCAUAAUGGAAUGGGCGGCGCACAACUCUGCGCUGCUUACCGUUCUAGCCGUUGCCAACACUAUGGAUCUCCCUGAACGAGCGUUAGCUGCGCGCGUGGCGUCGCGUCUAGGUCUCACGCGCCUUACAUUCCCGCCGUAUACCCACACGCAGCUGCAGUGCAUCGUGGCUACGAGACUGGCCGGAGCUAAUGUUACUGCGGAUGCUGUACAGUUGAUUGCUAGGAAAGUGGCAGCAGUGUCGGGUGACGCUCGCCGCGCGUUAGCUCUCUGCAGUCGUGCGCUGGAAUUGGCUGGCCCUGGCGGUGCGGCACUGGCGCACGUGCAGCAGGCGCUGGCCGAAGCGGCGGCCGGAGCCCCCGUCGCGGCCAUACAGGCCUGCGCACCUGCGGAGAGGCUGAUGCUACGCGCCGUCGCCGCUGAGGUAGAAAGAACAGGUUCAGAUGAGACCACACUAUCCCGAGCUCUGAUGACAGCCUCGGCCAUAGUGGCUCUGGACGGGCGUCCGUAUAGGUCGGCGACUCAAAUCCGCGCGCCUACUCCCGCGCAAGCUCACGCGAUAUGCGCGCGAUUGGCUGCACUGCGGUUAAUACUGUUGGAGCCAAAACCGGCUGAACCGAGGCUUUUACUUAAUGUUAGUGUUGAUGACGUACAUUAUGCCACUAAGCAGAUCACUGUGUAGUUAACAAUAUUAACCAGAAUUUACAGCAAAUGUAACGUUGCCCUUGUCACUUUUUAAAUAAAUGAGUGACUUUCAUUUAUUUAAAAAGUUGUUUUUUUUAUUUUCUUUAACUGCUUAGUGAAUUAUUGAAAUUAGUUAAGUAAUUUACACUACGAACAAUAAGACCGUAAAUUGGAUGUUGCUCAUUUAAUGUAUAGUAAAUUGUUCAUAAUCAUAGUUGUUAACGAAAUACAUUAAUAAAUUAUUUUUAUAUAAACACAUUGUCAAAGUUCAUGAAUCGCCUCCCCCGACUUGCAGGAUUUUAAUGAGAGCUUCAAUGUUGUCAUCGCGAACUGCCUUCCUGCUCGCGGCUACGACUGCUUUGCUGUAUUUUCCCACUUUAAAAAAAAACAUUAAUCCACUUUAAAAAAACUCGUUUUUAUUUCAGUGACAAACACAAAACUUUUUUUCAAUCCUUAAUUAAUUGGUCAAGGGAUUAUAGUACCCUUCUGUAUGAAUAUAUAAAAUAUGCAAAAAACAUUAUUCCAUACAACACUCAUACAGAAUUCUUGAAUACAAAGUUGAAAAUAUUACUAAAUUCCCAACACAAUAAUAAGAGUAGGUUUUGUGGUAAUAAAAAUUAGGUUAUCGAGUUCUUAGUUUUAAGUAACUGCAUUUGAAAAAAAACCUGAAUUGUAUAAACUACAC